AAACCAGAUUCAUUUUUAUAGUAUUGAUUUUAAACAUAUAGAUAGUUUGCGUUUCGUAUUGCGUUUGCGAAGGUUUACUUAGUCUUAUUUUAACACUCCUUUACAUGAAACAAUACGUUGAUUUAUUCAAACUUUUAUUUUAUGAUAAAAUAAUAGAGUAUACAUAUAUACAUACUAAAUUGUUGUGAAGGAAUCUUACUGAAACUCGUGACUUACUCUUCUUGUGAUUUGAUUUACAUUUCAGUUUUAAAAGACACAAAAAUGGCAGAACAAAGGCAAUCCGUGGGUAUACUUGGUACUGGUGACUUUGCAAUUGCUUUGGCGAAAAGACUAUACUUUUCCGGAUAUGACGUCAUUAUAGGAAGCAGAAGACCAGACGAAAUUUCAUUAUCAAUGGAGAAGGAAUGCGCAUGCGAUAUGAAUCUUGUAUCUACUGAAGAAUGCAUUAAAACCGCAACAGUAAUUUUCUUAGCAAUUCAUGCAGAACACUUCAAAGAUCUGCUUCAGCAUCACGGCGAGCUUUUAAAGGGAAAAGUUGUUGUGGACGUUUCAAACAGGGAUAAGCCAAGCAAGACUCAUUCAAAUUCAGAAGACCUUCAAACAAUCAUUCCGUGCGCAUCAGUAGUUAAAGCAUUUAACGUCAUUUCCGCUUACACAAUGGAAAAUGAUUAUGCCACGAAUAACCGUCAAGUCUUCAUUGCAGGCAAUGACACCUUUGCCAGAGAAACGGUAGCAAAUAUCGCCCGAAUGAUGGGCUUCACUCCUGUUGAUUUCGGGAGCCUGACAGCAGCAAGGCGGAUCGAAAAGCAUCCGCUCAUGUUAUUACCAGGAUGGAGAGGACCAUUGGCGUUCACUCUUGUAGUUUUCAUCAUUUGGCAACUGUUUCUUAUAUACAUAUAUUUCAUAGAAAAAACUGUUUAUGAAUGGGAACAAAUUUUUGUGAAAGUCUUAAACAAGGCAAUAUGUAUGACAGGGAUCACGGUUUUGUCGGUUACAUAUUUAGCCAGUAGUUUUGCAGGAAUAACUCAACUGUAUAAUGGGACAAAAUACAACCGUUUUCCAAGAUGGUUAGACAAAUGGUUAAAAACUCGCAAACAACUUGGACUGGUAUCAUUCAUACUUAUAGCAAUACACGUGAUAAUGUCAGUUUUGAUAAUGUCACCAACCUAUUUAAGAUCUUGGUAUCAUUCUACCAAAAUUGUCUUUCCUUAUAACCUUUCCAAAACGUAUGAAUAUCAGAACAUCAACUGGAUGACCUGGAAAGGUGAAGCUGCCUGCAUGACAGGAAUCUUUUCCUUCAUUCUGUUAUGCUUUGUCUGUGUCUCUACGUUACCGUCUGUUACAAACACACUGAAUUGGCGAGAAUGGCGUUUCAUACAAUCAAAGAUCGGACACGCUGCAUUGACGCUUGCCAUUGUGCAUGUGCUUAUAAUGGGUAUACCAGGAUGGGGUAAAACGCCACAAGUUAUCUAUAAAUCAAUCACAUUUUUGUCUUCAGUCAUUCCAUGGAUAACUAUACUGCUUAAAUUGUGCUUAUCUUUACCAUGUAUUGAUAACCAUCUCAUGAAGAUACGGAAAGGCUGGGUAAGGCAAGGGAAACGAUGCAAAUGCGUCCGUCCUACAAACAAUGGCUGUAUGAAGGCAUGUGUAAUGUCAAUGGAUAAAAAAAGAAAUGGGAGAAUGACAGAUAUAGUCCAUGAAUGUCCCGAUACAGUGACAAUGAUCAAAUUAGAUGAACCUAAUUGCGCAUGUGCAAACUGAAAUCAUUUUAUUUGUAUGUCUAUACUACUUAAUUUCAAAAAUUGACUUCAUUUUCCUUGAUUAUGUUUUCAGGAUGAAUCGUGCUAGUCACUUUUACAACUUCUUCUCCUGGCUUUUCAUGUACAUUAAAUGACUCAUAUUGCCAAAUGGAGAUAUAUUUAGCAAAGGAAAACACUAUGAAACCGUACAAAUAUAUACUUAGCUCUGGCAAAUUUUGGUCAAGAUCAAUUUUUGUAUUAAGCAUUUUGGUGUAUUAUAAAUGUCAACGAUCUCUGCGUUCUUUGAGCUGCGCCGCUGUAGCGUUUUCAUGGUAAUUUAAGACGACAUAGACGGUACUGGAUGCCAAUAGAUCGAUAAUAUUUUGCAAUUAAAUAGAUGAGACAUCAAACUGUGCGCAGGUAUAAAUCUAAUGAAGAAAACAUGGACUACAACAAACAAGAAGUUUCUUUAAAAAAAAACAAAACAAUACUCGGCCGAAGUAAAACUGGUUAGCAUGCAAAUUAUGUUAUUUCAAUACACAAAGAAAUGUUAGCAGUGCUUGCAUAACAAGGACAUAAUAAUUUUUCUUGUAGCUAAGAAAAUUCCUAUUUUGUAUUCAUUGAAAUUAAAUUAUACCAUAUUUAUAUCGAUGAUAUUUCAAAGUAGGACAACUUCUAUUUUAGUUGUCUCUUUACCUUGUUUUACGUUUGACUUUAUACAUUUUUUAAUAAUUUCUAACUUAACCAAAAAGUUAAAGAACUGUUCUCAUUCUUGUUCAUUUUAUUUUAGAACUAUCUUUUACAUUUUGUUGUAUAGUGGCAAAAACUAUCCCUUAAUUUUUAUUUUAGAGCUAUCCUUAAAAUUUAUUUUAUAAUGGUAAGAACUAUCCUUUACAUUUUAUUUUAGAAUGGUUAGAACUGUCCUUUACAUUUUAUUUAAGAAUGACCAAUGAAAUUCACCGACUUCAGUUUGCAAUUCUAAAAUGAUAAAUGAAAAUUCUUAUUUAUUUCAGUCCUUCCAUGUUAAUUUAACGGGAAGUUCAACUGAUAACUGACGGGCUAAAGACAAAAAAUACCCAAAAAUCCAUUUAACUAAUAAGUAAUCAUUAACAAUUUCAAUAUAUUUUUAAAAUAAUUUUGUUUUGCCUUUGGCAUUCUUGUUGUUUUUCAUCUGAUGAUAUGCAAUAUUUGCAAAAGCUACUGCUAGAUUUUUUUUACUUUUAUUUUAGCUUUUUUUAUGAUAGAUCUCUUGUAUUUUCUUUGCAAUUUCAACCCAUAUUGUAUUACAGCCCUGCACAUGUUCAGUUUUAAUGAAUAAUAAAGCUUUGUAUUAA